AUGGAAGCAACUCCUGUGGAGCUCGCCGGCGUCGAAGGGGUGUCAGAUGAAACUCCCUUUGUAUCGGAAGUUAACGUAGGCGAGACGACAACAGAAGAGGAUGACGACGACGGAGUGAGAGUGGUGAGAGAGCUGGUCAAAGAGCUGGAAGUUGAAAUCAGGACGGCUGAGGAGUUGCUUGUCAAAGAACUUCCCAAAAAGCUAGCCGAAGAAGUUCCAGAGCUGACCGUUGAAGAGCUUUCUAGACUGCCGGUAGACGAGCUAGUGCUACUAGCAGAUGCCGUGCUGCUGGUGUCUGCGGUAGACGAGCUGGAGCUGGAUAUGGUGGGCGUAGCGACGGUGCUUCCACUAGAGUUUGAAUUGCUUGAACUUGAGGAAGUAAGACUGUCUGUGCUAGAUGAAGCCGUGUCAGUGCUAUAG